GCGCCAGAGCUGGGAAGCGCGUCGGGGGCGCUGGCCGGGAUGCUGACGCUGGCCCGGCUGCUGGGAGUGGCUGCGCUCGCUGUUCUGGAAGGAGGAGAUGGAGCUCACCCUGGUGGGGCUGCAGAACUCGGGCAAGACCACCCUGCUCACCGUGCUGCGUCAGGGCAGUUCACAGAAGAUAUGAUUCCUACAGUAGGCUUCAAUAUGAGAAAAAUAACAAAAGGAAAUGUUACCAUAAAGGUAUGGGACAUUGGGGGACAGCCAAGGUUUCGAAGCAUGUGGGAGCGCUAUUGCAGAGGAGUCAAUGCAGUUGUUUACAUGGUGGAUGCAGCAGAUUUAGAAAAAGUAGAAGCUUCCAAAAAUGAACUACACAGCUUAAUAGACAAGCCACAGUUGCAUGGAAUUCCAGUGUUAGUUCUUGGAAAUAAAAGAGACCUUCCUGGUGCACUGGAUGAAAAACAGCUUAUUGAGAAAUUAAACCUUUCAGCUAUUCAAGACCGAGAAAUCUGCUGCUAUUCUAUUUCCUGUAAAGAAAAGGAUAACAUAGACAUAACAUUACAGUGGCUUAUUCAGCACUCCAAAUAAAGGCAUUGUUGAAGAAAACUUUUGCUGAAGAUAAAUUUUCCUUCCAAAUCACACGGGCCCCCAUCUACUAUAGACUACUGAAAAGAUAAAGAAUGAAACU